AAGUUGAUGCUCAAGAAGCUUGUUUCUACUAUCCAGAAUCGAGCUUACUACUGAACGAUAACUACGCAAUGUCAGACUCUAACUCUCCCCACAUCAAAACCCGCGAUACCCCAUCUUGGGGGUUGUAUCAGCGAGAGAACUUCUGGAAGCUGAACGAGGGCGAAGUUCCCCAGUUCAAUACUCACCCCGAAAAACUCGAGGAGCUUGCUAAGCAGAAGUUGACUCAGAAUGGAUGGUACUAUGCGUCUUCGAACGCGGGCCUUUCACACACGCAUCUCGCGAACCGCCAAGCAUUCUUUCGACACAAGAUCGUCCCUCGUCAAUUAGUCGACACCAACGAGCGUUCCACCCGAACCACCAUCUUUGGCCACGAGGUUUCUGCUCCAAUUGGAAUUGCCCCGAUUGGCAUCAACAAGAUUUACCACCCGCAGGGCGAGCUGCCCGUGGCCAAAGUUGCCGGGGAGCUAGGCAUCCCUUACAGCCUUUCAACAGCAGGAUCAUGCCCCAUUGAAGAUGUCGCCGAAGCCAAUGACGCUGGGCGCGCUCCGGCUAUCACAGCUCAGUCCGCAGAUAAAUCCAAGAUCCCAGAGGGUCCACGUUUCUUCCAGCUCUACAUGCCACACGAUGACGAGCUCACCAUCUCCUUGUUGACGAGGGCCCACGAAUCUGGCUUCACGGCGUGUAUACUUACAACGGAUACCUGGCAACUAGGAUGGCGACACGACGAUAUCGCAACUUCAAACUAUGCGUUCUACCGCGGCAUCGGCGCCGACCUAGGCCUCACCGACCCCGCUUUCCGAAAACGCCUCGCGGCCAAGGGAAUCGAUCCCCAGAAGGAACCGGAGAAGGCCGCCGCGAUGUGGAUCGACAGCAUCUGGCACGGCCGCGCGUGGUCCUGGGAUAAGGCCGUGUGGGCGCGGAAGCAGUGGCAGAAGAUCAGCGGUGGAAAGCCGUUCUUGAUCAAGGGCAUUCAGAGGGUCGACGACGCGGAGAAGGCAGCGGAUCUGGGGUUCGAGGGUAUUGUUGUGAGUAAUCAUGCUGGGAGACAGGUUGACGGGGCGAUUGCGAGUUUAGAUGCGCUGGAGAAGAUUACGGAGAGGGUGGGAGACAGGAUUGUUGUCACGUUUGAUAGUGGUGUUAGGGGCGCGGCGGACGUGGUGAAGGCGCUCGCACUGGGAGCCAAGUUUGUCUUUAUUGGAAGGUUGUGGAUCUGGGGGCUGAGUAUCAUGGGUGAGUAUGGAGUGAGGCAUGUGCUGAGGGGAUUGUUGGCGGAUUUAGAUAUUUUGAUGAACGUGGCAGGUAUUCAAAAGGUGGAGGAUAUUAACAAGGACUUACUGGAGUCUUUGCCCAAGUCUUACGGGCUGAUCUCGGAGAAGAGCAAGUUGUAGACCAUACGUGGACAUAGUUAUCAGAGUCACGAACAGCAUAGACGAACACAUGCGGUAAUCGAAUUAAAGACGC